AUGGUGCCCGGAAGUUGCUGGCCCUCCUGUGAUGCCCGGCUGAGCCUUGCGGCAGCUUCCCGGUUGAAGGCCUUUGGUGAUCAAAGCUGGAUCCAAAGGCAUGGUCCGCUGCGCCAAUCUGAGAAGCCAUACGUGCAAAAGCACUUGGUUGCCCUACAGGCUGGGCGCCUUGCCCACCUCAAGCGCUGGGCCUGCGCCCUGACCUCCACGCUCUUCACCUGGCUGCGCCGUGCCAGCGAAGCCACGGAGGGCCCACAGGGCCGACAGGGCCGACGGAGAAGGUAUCCAGCCAUUCCGGGAGAGGAACGUUUGGACCUGAGUCCAGCUGAGAAGCGAAAAUGGCGCAAGGAGCAAAGGUGGUUGCAGAAAAAGGAACGGCGAAGAUCGCAGAGGGCUGCCGAGCGACAACGAGCUGCUCGACGGAAGAAGGCAGCACUGCAGGAGAAGUUGGCCGACAAGAGUGAAGAAGAGCGAAAGGCCUACUGGGAAGAACAACAAAGAUUAAAGGUGGCAAGGGAGCAAUCAGUGCGGCAAGCCUUUGCACAUGGUAACCCCAAGGUGGUGAUCAAUUGUAGCUUUGGCGAUCUCAUGCCUGCUCGGGAUAACAAGUCCUUAGCCUCCCAGGUGAAGCUGGCCUACGCGUUUCUGAAGCGAAGCAUGGCUCACGUGCAGUUGCACGUGACAUCCUUGGAAGAUACCAACCCUGCUCUGCCAUACUUCAAGGCAGUGGGCAUGGAUGGAUGGCAGGUCCACGUGCACAAAGAGAGCGUGUGGGACCUGUACAGGACAGAAGAUCUCGUGGUUCUAUCACCAGAUGCAGAUGAAGACUUGGAUCAAGUGGAGGAGGAUAAGAUCUAUGUGAUCGGCGGCUUGGUGGACCGAAGGCCGCAAAAGAAAAGGAGCCGCACGCAAGCAGAAGCGCAAGGUGGCUCAAUUCAGUUGAGAAAGCUUCCGCUGAAGCGGUUUGCUCCUAAAGGAAGCUAUCCAAUCCUGAAUAUUGAUGUGGUCGUGAAGAUACUGGCUCAAAGAAAGCUGCGCAGAGGCCCUGAUGCUUGGCCUGAUAUACUCUCUAAUUGCAUUCCACAUCGGCAUUUGUCCAGAAAUGACAAGGCUCCCGAUACAUUAACAAAGUGCUGUGUGAUCUGCGUGUAA